AUGCCCUUUUUACCUGGUGUUUUUUAUCAUCUCUUCCCAGACUUGAGGCCGUUCGCCCGCACCCAGUGUGAACGCACUUUCACCGUUCAGAGCUCGCUCAUCUCGCACAUUGCUGAAAUCUCUCGAUUUUCUUGUGUUCACUGCAACAAAGGCUUUACAAAGAAACACUAUCUCCUGGUUCACGUCGAGGCUCAGCACCUCGGUAUGGCUCUGGCAUCUUCUUCAUCCACCUUACUUCUUUUGCGACCUUUCUUAUCAUCAUCGGCUCCCUCUGUUGCCGGUCUACGCCCAUACAACUGCCCCUACUGCUCCAAGUCGUUCGCAAAUGUCCGUUUCCUCAAGCGUCAUAUGAAUGGUGUUCACUACCGACUCACUCCUUUUGAGUGCACCAUGUAUCACGAAAAAUUCGCUUACCGAGGCAGCCUCUAUCGCCACAAACUCACCGUCCACAUGGGUACGAGCGCUGUCGUCUUCGACCGUUCCAUUGCACGCUGUGUGAAAGGCGCUACGCCAGCAAGCAAGAUCUGGAGAAACAUACUCGAGCAGUUCAUGAAAGUAAGUUUUUUACCUCAAGUGCUGUUAAGGCUUCGGCGUGGUCUUGUGACGGCGAACCUUCAAAUUGGGGCUCGUCGUAUCACCAGGGUGACCUAUGCCAAGGUCAACGAUGGCGUUUCCCUCAUUCAUACACCCGUGCACCGCACACUGGCCCACCUACCCACGUUCUAG